UUUAAAAAAGAUCAUUUAUAAUUAGCAUCCAUUCAAUAAUUCAAACAAUCUUUCUUCUUCUACAGUCCCAAUUGCCAAUACCAAUGGCCCCUCCAUUGAUGCUCCCCAAAGCAAUCCCCUUUUUCACUCACUAAUACUCUCUCUCUCUCCCCCACCCCUUCUUCUUCUUCUUCUUCCUCCUGUUUUCCCUGUCCACUUUCUUCCUCUGCAAGUUCCAAUGGAGAUUCUCCUUCCCACAUACCACUUCACCCUCUUCUUCUUCUUCUUCCUCCCAUUAAUGGCGUCUUCCCUCCUCGCCGGAGCCGACCCCUUUUCCGACGCCCUCCUCCGCUUCAAAUCGGAGCUUAUCGACGACUCCAAUUCUCUGCAAAACUGGCUCUUACCUCCCCACCCAGAUUCCGCCGGAAUCAGAAUCUCCGCCUGUUCCUGGACCGGAAUCCAGUGCAACUCCAACUCCUCCGCAGUAAUCGCCAUAGAUCUCUCCGGCAAGAAUCUCCGGGGCUCUCUCGCCGGCGAUCAGUUCCCCGUCUUCUCCGACCUCCUCUCCCUCAAUCUCAGCCACAACGCUUUCUCCGGCCACCUCCCUCCCGGAAUCUUCUCCCUCACCGCCCUCAAAUCCCUCGACAUCAGCCGGAACAAUUUUUCCGGCCGAUUCCCGCCGGGAAUCCCCAAACUGAAAAACCUCGUCGUUCUUGAUGCUUUCAGCAACAGCUUCUCCGGCCCUUUGCCCGCCGACGUCUCCCAAAUUGAAACCCUAAAAAUUCUCAAUUUCGCCGGGAGUUACUUCAGCGGCCCUAUCCCGCCGGCCUACGGAUCUUUCCGGUCACUGGAAUUCCUCCACCUCGCCGGAAAUUUCCUCGCCGGAAACCUCCCUCCCGAGCUCGGCAACCUCACGACACUGUCGCACAUGGAGAUCGGCUACAAUUCUUACGACGGAGAAAUCCCUCCACAAUUUGGAGACAUGUCUGAGCUUCAGUACCUCGACAUUGCCGACGCCAACAUCUCCGGCGCCAUUCCCGACCACCUCUGCAACCUCACGAAACUCGAAUCCCUUUUCCUGUUCAAAAAUUACCUCCAUGGAUCAAUUCCACGGCAGCUCAGCAAACUCGCAGCGAUCAAAAGCCUCGAUCUUUCCGACAACCUGCUUUCCGGCACGAUUCCGGACACCUUCUCCGAUCUGAAAAAUCUCCGCCUGCUAAGCCUCAUGUACAACGACCUCACCGGCGCCGUCCCUCCGGCGAUCGCUAAGCUCCCGGAGCUCGACACGCUCCUUAUAUGGAGCAACUCCCUGACAGGAUCCCUGCCCCAGGACUUAGGACUCCAUUCCAAGCUCCAGCACGUCGACGUUUCAACGAAUUACUUCGUCGGCGCAAUCCCCGCCGGAAUAUGCUCCGGCGGAGAGCUAUUACGGCUGAUCUUGUUUUCAAAUAACUUCACUGGCGGCCUGCAUCCGUCGCUCUCCGAUUGCUCGUCCCUCAUUCGUCUCCGCCUCGAAGAUAACUCGUUUUCCGGCGACAUAUCGCUCCCCUUCCGCAACCUCUCCCGCCUUUCGUACCUCGACUUGUCGAGAAAUCAGUUUGCCGGAGGAUUUCCGAACAACAUUGUUAAAGCUUCGGCCUUGGAGUAUUUCAACGUGUCAUAUAAUCCGAUUGCCGGCGUAAUCCCUAUCGAAUUAUGGUCGAUGCCGAAUCUUAGAAACGUCUCUGCGGUUUCGUGCAGUUUGUCGGGGAACAUUCCCGAGUUUCGUCGCUGUCGAUCGGUUUCCGUCGUCGAAUUGAGUUCGAACUUCUUGCUCGGGAAAAUCCCGGAGAGCAUUUCGGGCUGUACGAGCCUCGUUAGAGUCGAUUUAUCGAACAAUAGCCUCAAAGGUUCGAUACCGGAGGGGCUUGCCGCGCUUCCGAAUCUAAGCGUCUUAGACUUGUCACAAAACCGUUUCGACGGCGCUAUCCCGACGAAGUUUGGCGCCUCGACUAGCUUAAAACUUUUCAACGUCGCCGACAACGAUCUCUCGGGUUUGAUCCCGUUAAACCCGAAUUUUGAAAAUAUGGAUCGAAGCGCAUUCACAGGCAAUCCGAAGCUCUGCGGUGCGCCGUUGAGAGCGUGCCAUCGCGAAAACGUAAUAUCGAGCGGAUUCAAAUUAGGUAGCCGGAAAGCACAGAAAGUCGCGUGGAUUCUCAUCCUAUGCGCCGCGAUAGUUCUCGUCCUUUUAGCCGCUGUUUUCGCAAUACUUUACGUCGAGAGGAUCGGAAAAGGACGAUGGAAAUUGGUCGCGUUCGACGGCCUUCCUCGGCUCACCGUCGAUGACGUUUUGAGAAGCGUCGAUCGCGGAGAAGCUAUGGGAAUGUGCAAGAUUGUUUCGUCGACGGGAAUUACGGUCACGGCGAAGAAAAUCGAGUGGGAAACGAAAGAGAUGAAAGCAGCAUUGGCGAGCUUGGCGAGAAUAGCGAAUGUGAGGCACAAGAACUUGUUACGGUUGCUCGGGAUUUGCUACAACAAACGUGUCGCGUAUUUGCUUUACGAUUAUACGUCGAAUGGAAGCUUAGACGAAAGGAUCGGCGAUAUGAAAGAUUGGGAGGCUAAGUGUAGCGUAAUAACCGGAGUCGCAAAGGCGCUAUCUUUCCUCCAUCACGAUUGCAAUCCGGCGAUUCCGCACGGCGACGUGAAGUCGAGCAACGUGCUUUUUGACGGGAACAUGGAUUUACGUCUCGCCGAAUGUGGGCUCGAUUCGAUCGUCAAGUCGUCAUCGUCGAGCAAACGAAGGAAGACGAGUGCAUGCGGAGCAUCGACCACAACGAGGGACGGAAUUCGCAAGGAUGUUUACGAUUUCGGAGAACUUAUUUUCGAGGUGUUGACGAAUGGAAGAGCGGAUGUGACGGAGGAGGAGAUAAUGAGAGAUGUGGCUGAGAAGAGCGGCGGCGGCGGUGGCGGAGAAGGGGUGGAGGUGGCGGUGGAGGUGGCGGUGCUGUGCAGAAGAAGUAGGCCAUCAAUGGCGGAAGUAGUGAAGCUUCUUUCAUCAGGGCUGAGAUGAGAUUUAGCUAAUAAGGGGAAGAAGAAAGCUUGCUUAAAGAACAAAGGCUGUUUGUUUGUUGUAUAUACAAACUAAAUUAUUAUAUGCUUCUUGCAAUUUUAUUUUAUUUUUAUUA